GUGACUUGCUUACCUCUAGUGCGCAUGCUAGCUACUCUCUCUCUCUCUCUCUAAACUCCCCUCUCUCUCUCUCCAUACUUGUGAGCUAGUUCAUCACCUUUCAAUUCUUUGGACAGAGACCUCUGUUUUUCUGCUCUGUUCUCUCUUCAUUGCCGAACUCAGUAGAAAAGGAAAUGACAAAUCAAGAUGUGGUGGUGGUUCCGGAUAAGAAAUCCGGUGGCGGUGGUGGUGGCAUGACGAUAACGGUGACCGUGUCCAACUCCACUCUGUUCUCAUCGUUGAUUCCGAAACCGCCAACUGGGUACUUCACCAUUUCUAGGAAAUUGAAGAAGGUUGAAAUUGAAACGGGUGCCGGAGCUAAAAUCAAUGCAUGGGUUGACAAAAUGAGAGCAUCUUCUCCAACUCAUAGAUCAUCCCCGGCUUCUACUGAUCAAGACCCGAACUCUUGGAUUCUUCGUCAUCCCUCAGCGUUAACCAUGUUCGAGCACAUAACAAAUGCUUCGAAGGGGAAGCAAAUAGUGAUGUUCUUGGAUUAUGAUGGUACCCUCUCGCCGAUUGUGGAAGAUCCGGACCAAGCUUUCAUGUCCAAUGAGAUGAGAAAUGCUGUAAGGGACGUUGCUAAGUAUUUACCUACAGCCAUAGUGAGUGGAAGGUGCAGAGCCAAGGUUUAUAACUUUGUGAGGUUAUCAGAGCUGUACUAUGCGGGUAGUCAUGGCAUGGACAUUAAGGGACCAUCCAAAGGUCACAAGUAUAAAAAAGAUAAUCAAACGGUUCUCUUCCAACCCGCCAGAGAUUUCUUACCCAUGAUCGACGAGGUGUACAAAGCCUUGUUAGAGAAAACCAAAUCCAUACCAGGAGCUAUGGUGGAAAACAACAAGUUUUGCUUAUCCGUACACUUUCGGUGCGUUGAUGAAAAGAGGUGGACCACUUUGGCUGAGCAAGUUAGAUCAGUGCUCAAUAAGUACCCCAAGCUCAGACUAAGUCAAGGGAGGAAGGUUUUAGAGAUCCGUCCAACCAUUAAGUGGGAUAAGGGAAAGGCCCUUGAAUUCUUGUUAGAGUCGCUAGGUUAUGCAAAUUCGCAUGAUGUUUUGCCGGUUUACAUAGGAGAUGAUCGAACGGACGAGGAUGCGUUUAAGGUUCUAAGCAAAAGAGGACAAGGGUUUGGGAUUCUCGUCUCAAACGUACCAAAGGAAACAAAUGCCUCCUACACUUUGCAAGAACCAUCUGAGGUUAUGAUCUUUUUGCAGCGUUUGGUGGAGUGGAAAAGAUCGUUGCUACGAGGACAUUAGAGGGCUAACAAUGUUGUAUUUAGAGAAGAAAUUGAACCUACCCUACUCAAAAAGUUGAUUAGGGGUGGCUUGGAUUUGUGUAGUUUUUAUUGUUUAGGUCCACGUUGAUAGAUAAUGAAUGAGAGACCAUAAUUUGAGGUUUUGUAAUCUUGAAAAGCAUAAGAAUAUAAUUAUCAUAAGAAACAUCUACCCCUUUCUCUAUAUGUGUACCCUAGGGUUAUCGAGAAUAUAGUACCCUCGAUCAAUGGUCAGUCAAAUAGUAGAUACAGGAGUAUUCAAUA